AUGGAUAUACCUCAGGGUCGUUUUUAUCGCAUCAAUGUAAAAACUUUACGAUUGGUGGGGCAGUGGCCUUAUCAAGAGCGCAGGAGUCAAAAAAUACAACAGAUAUUGUUUCAUAUAAGUGUUAUGACAGUUAUGUUAACUCAGGUAUUGCCCAACGGCGAUAAAAAACAAAAGGGCAUAAAAUUGAUCGAAGUUUGGGGCGACUUGGACGUGAUGAUAGAGUGCCUGACACCGAUGGGGGUUCAAUUUAAUUCAUGCGUUAAGUCACUAAAUUGCAUCAUAAAUCGUGAUAAGAUGAAGAAACUCUUGGAGCAGAUCAAAACUGAUUGGUCGAGCUUAAAACGAGAGGAUGAAAUCAAGAUUCUUGCGACGUAUUCCGAGCAAGGGCGGAAACUCAGUCUAAUAUAUAUAGUAUACAUGUACGGAACUGUAAUGAUUUAUCUAACGAUACCGUUGAUGCCGGCGAUACUCGACGUAAUUUUACCACUAAACGAAAGUCGUCCACGCACUCAUCUUUAUCGGACAGAAUAUUUCGUAGAUCCUGAGGAAUAUUUUUAUCCGAUUAUGUGCCACACGUACAUAGGAACGAUAAUAACGGUUUUAGUUGUUGCCGCAGCUGACGCUAUGUUCAUGACUUACAUUCAACAUGUGUGUGGAAUACUUGCAGUUACAGGGCAUCGAUUCGAAAACUUAAUUAAAAUCCGGAAUACUCAAGACGGUCCGUCGAGAUACGAUGACCCAUGUUACGAGGAACUUGUACGAUGUAUCGAGCAACAUUUCCACGCUGCAGAAUACGUCGACUUGGUUGAAAGAUCGUAUUCGAUGUCGUUCAUGAUUCAAACCAUAGUAAGCAUGGUACUGUUGAGCAUGUCUGCUGUCCAGCUACUAAUAAAAUUUGGCGAAACCGACGAGAUGUUGAGAAUGAUCCAAUUCAAUCUCGCUCAGUUUUUCCACAUCUUCUACAACAGUUGGCCGGGUCAAAAGUUGCUUGAUCAAAGUGUCAUUUUCCGGGAUUCCGUCUAUUCUAGCGAAUGGUAUUCCUUGUCAGCAAGAAGUAAGGUACUUUUCAAUUUCAUCAUGCUUCGCACCCUCAAGCCUCUGAAACUUACAGCUGGCAAGCUGUAUGAUUUGUCCCUAGAAAAUUUUGGAGUGGUUAUUCGAGCGUCGGCAUCAUAUUUCACUGUAUUUGCUUCUUUACGAUGAUUUGAACGAGCAUUUACGAUGAAUGGGCAGGUUUCACAUUGACGUUACACAGCAGCAUUUUUCUCCGUCGCACCGAGGGAUAUGAAGCACGGCAUUGGAAAAUUCAACAAUAUUCGAGUUCACCUGUGAUCCUAUUUCUUUGUAGUAGAUUAAAAAAAAAACUACCAUUUUAUUAUGAUUUUUUUUCAAAUAAACGUGACAAUUUAAUAAAGUAUUCGAAUCUAAGGAUCCA